GCGUCCAGGCAAAUCCCAGCACUGCAUGUAAUGCCACUGCCGUCACCCAGGGGCCAGCACGGGCCUCCUGUACCCCUUUGCUGUCUUUCAGGGGUGCUGGACCCGCGUGACUCCGGUUCCUGGAGUGGUCAGAUCAUGGCUGAAAAUGACGGCGACAGAAGCCAGACUGAGAAACUCCUGGAACGGGUACGAGAACUGGAGCGGGAGGUGUGCAGGCUUAGAAAGGAGCGGGCCAGCAACCAGAAGGACCCGGCGGUCGGCAGAAGCGCUUCAGGAGCGGGGAAAGCGAAGCGCGCCUUUGACUUCAGUGCCCACGGCCGGAGACACGUGGCCCUGAGGAUAGCCUACCUGGGCUGGGGCUACCAGGGCUUCGCUAGUCAGGAGAACACGAGCAACACGGUCGAAGAGCAGCUGUUUGAGGCGCUCACCAAGACCCGUCUCGUAGAAAGCCGCCAGACGUCCAACUACCACCGGUGUGGGCGCACUGACCGGGGGGUUAGCGCCUUCGGACAGGUGAUCUCUCUGGACCUUCGUUCGCAGUUGCCACGGGGCAGGGGUUCAGAGGACGUUCACGUAGAAGGCACUGACACUGCUCAAGAGAUCCGCUACACCCACAUUCUCAACAGGGUGCUGCCCCCGGACAUCCGCGUGCUGGCCUGGGCCCCUGUAGAACCUGGCUUCAGCGCCAGGUUCAGCUGCCUGGAGCGGACCUACCGCUACUUCUUCCCUCGUGCCGAUUUGGACGUCGAAAGCAUGAACUCCGCAGCCCAGAAGUACGUUGGCACACAUGAUUUCAGGAACUUCUGCAAGAUGGACGUGGCCAACGGGGUCGUUAACUUUCAGAGGACCGUCCUGUCUGCUCAAGUACAGCGGGUCGGCCAGAGUCCGGGGGAGCACACGCAGCAGGCACCUUUCCAGCUGUGCCAGUUCCAGGUCACCGGCCAGGCGUUCCUGUACCACCAAGUCCGCUGUAUGAUGGCUGUCCUCUUUCUGAUCGGCCAAGGGCUGGAGAGGCCGGAAGUCAUCGAUGAGCUGCUGGACAUCGAGAGCAAUCCCCAGAAGCCUCAGUACAGCAUGGCUGUGGAGUUUCCUCUAGUCUUGUACGACUGUACGUUUGAAAACAUCAGGUGGGUCUACGACCGCGAGGCUCAGGAGCUCAACAUCACCCACCUGCAGCAGCUGUGGGCGAAGCACGCCGUCCAAGCCCACAUGCUGUACAGCCUGCUGCAGGGGCUGGACCCGGUGCCGGUACCCUGUGCAUCAGCACCAGAGCCGGGCGGCGUGACGGGGUGGGAGGAUGCCAGGCCCUCUGUCGUAAAGCAGACCAGCGCCUUUGUGGAGGGGGUAAAGACGCGCACGUAUAAGCCUCUCAUGGACCGUCCUAAGUGCCAAGGAUUGGAAUCCCGGAUCCAGCAUUUUAUGUGAAACGCCUUCGCUCCUGGCCCCGCACUCACCAAGCCCUGGCCUAGGGGUUUUAGGAUGGUUCUCAGUACUGGAGAUCUUCAGGGGAAACCCUGCAGGACACACGGAAGCCAGUGAAGACGUAAAUAAGAACCAGGGCUCUAAGUGUCCAGUCAGAAGAUGCAGCUGCACAGCCCGGAGGAGGCCUGGGGUGACGGAACAAGUGGGGCAAGGGGCAGGAGCGGGACUCUGGCGGAGCAAACCUGGCCCUCUUGGCUCACCCCUCCGCCCCAGAGCUGGGUGGCUGGGGUGGGGUCUUGCUCGUUCUCAAGGUAAAGUUGACAGGGAACCCUCGAAAUAUAAACACCAACAUGUAUUCAAAAGAGCCCGAAGUCCCCUUAAUACAUCGUCCUUUGUCACAGCAAAAACUGUAAGCCCCCCGUAAACCUCGGGCCUCCUGGCUCGGCGGUGCCUCACCUUUGCAGUCACCCGUGUUCACGGCGCGGAGGUCUGAUCCUCCAGCUGACAUGACCAUGGCCCAGACCCCGGUGUCCUGCUUCUGCCUCUGUCCCUCAGCAGCCAGUAGGACGUGACUGAUGCACCCAGCGGCCCAGGUGUGCGGGCGCCCUGACCUCUGGGCCAGGGGAGGGACUGCCAGGACGAGUGCGGGACCCUGGCGGCUGUCCUCAGCCUCAGGGAGGCCACGCGGCCGAGGAACAGGUUUCGACUGCCCGUGGCUCGGCCCAGGCCUUCUGCUGUCUCUCGUUGCUUCUCGGGGCCCAACCCACGGCCCCAUCACAGCACCCUGGGGGUCCUCGAACUAUGGCCACUUCAUCCUUUGGAUGUAAAACCUUUCAUUCUCAGGGUAUCUGACAGUGGUUGGCCAUUUUUACACCCGUCCGCAAGCCAAAGUUAGUCUCUGUAAUUCCUUACCUUAUCUUCAAUGUACGUUGAUUGGCAUUAGUAUCUCAAUUCUUCUUAAACGCCUAGAAGAGAAUAAAGACUCUUAAAAAAACUA